AUGCUAACUAUCAUUUCCGCCAAAAAGCGCCAACUCAGCAAGUUACUCUCACAGCAAUCCACCGGUCCGGGACCCGGACCCUCCACCGAGUCUGAUCCGUCGAGGAAAAAAUCCCGAAUAUCCGCGCCGCCGAACCAGAAUCAAUCCUCCUAUCCUUUCCCGCCGCCAGCGCCUUCAUCGAACAUGCCCUCUGCCCACAAUCUUCCCCAGUCUCAGUUUCAGUCGCAACGGCCCGCGCAACAGCCCCUGAACCAGUCCCAGUCCCAGCGCUUCGGCGUCUGCCAACCCGGCGACCUGGACUGGAUCCGGGACUCGGAUUUUCAACUCCUCGCCGAGAACCUGGGGGAUGGCCGACUGGCACAGAUGGGCACGGGCAACCAGUUCGAAGGGGAGAAUGUCUUGCCCAGCCUCUCUGAUAUCGAACCGUGGUGGGACACGCCCAAUGGACAUACUUUCGGGGGUUCUUCAUUAUAG